AUGGCCGUUUUGAAAGAAGAGUUGAGGGAAACGGUUGUAGAUAAGGAAAUGGAGUCAGAAGUGGAAGAAGUGGCCAUUGGAUCGAGGAGAGUGUUUAAGUACUCUGCACAAUCGGACUCAGUUUAUGAAGUGAGUGAAGCCUCAUAUGAAGAGUGCGAAACAGACAAAUUCAUUUCCUCCGACAGCAGUGGCCACACCGUAAUAUGGCUCGAGACACCAGGAAAACAUUACUUCAUUUCUGGAAAUGAAGAUCACUGUGUUCUGGAAAUGAGACUAGAAAUCACCGCGGGUGAACCUUCUUACUCUGAUGAUACGUCAUCAUCAUCAUCGGCUCUUUUGUAG